AUGAACCUUCACAAAAAACGCUGCCAAACUGACCGGGAAGUAGAUGCCGGAUACUGCCUGCUCUUCGUGGAGCAUCUUAAGGGAGCCGCGCUCGAGUGGUUUUCGAGGCAGGAGCGCAACUCAAUCGGUAGUUUUCAACAGCUCUCCGCCCUGUUCCUAAAACAAUACUCGAUGUUUAUGGAUAGAGGAACUUCUGAUGCCGACCUGUGGACGUUAUCCCAAGGACCGAACGAACCACUUCGAGAUUACAUGGCAAGAUUCAAGGCAGUCGUAUCUAAAGUAGAAGGGAUAAGCGACAAGGCUGCACUCGAAGCUCUGAAACGAUCCCUAUGGUACAAAUCAGAGUUUCGAAGGGAGAUGGCGCUGAACACGCCGCAAACAAUUCAGGACGCUCUGCAUCGGUCAUCAGACUUCGUCGUAAACAAGGAGGAGAUGAAGAACCUGGACGAGCAGUACGAAGCAACGAAAGCAGCGAUCCGAAGUUCAAUUUUGACGCGCCCCUCGAAGAAAGGCAACCCAUCAUACAACGCAACAACGCAGAGCUCGGACGAACCUAGAAGCGGAGGUGCCCACAACUACCAAGUAGGCACUGGACGCGGAAGAGGAGAGCCGCGCAACAACACUUGGGUAAGAAAGCCCACCAAUUACGACGAAAAAGCAUUCUGCGAGUAUCACCAGACCUACGGGCAUUCAACGGCACAAUGCCGAACCCUAGGAGCAAAGCUCGCAGCUAAGAUGGCGGUGGGAGAGCUCCAGAACGCGGUCAACCUCAAAGACCUCGUCCCUAAUGAACCAAAAGAAGGAGCCGAGCCGAGCGGCACGGCAGAACUCGCAAAUCCUCCCCGACGAGGCGAUAACUCCAAGCGCGACAGGAGAGGCGAACCCGAAGAGCGACCCGAGCCGAGGCAAAGGAUCAACAUGAGCAACUAA